UGGAACGACAACACUUUUGCUUCUCUUGUGUUUCUUGGCUCAGUUCUCUGCGUGGCUCUUUGUCAACCACUUAUUGAGGCUUGUGAGGAGACGGUUCAGGGACCGUUCCGUAUCCGAUUUUGUGACAUCUGUAUCCAAACCUGUCAUUAAUUGAAAUCCUUCUACGCUGUGCUGUACGUUGUUUGUAUCAAGAUGGUCAGCUCAACAAUAAUCAUGACCUGAUCCAAACCAUGGAACUGCCUAUGGUUGACGUUUCCAUCCUUACCCAAGAUUCUAACGAGAAGUCUAUAGUCAUCAAGCAGAUUCAAGAAGCUUGCCAAACUUGGGGCGCUUUUCAGGUUAUUAACCAUGGGGUAUCCGAAGCAGUCAUACAAGCCGCCAUGGAAGUGAACAGAAACUUCUUUGACUUGCCGGAGAUGAUGAAAAAGGAGAUAUUGGAGCUUGGUUCGAGGGACAUGUUCAGCCCAGUAAAACUGCUUACUUUUCAACGCAGUGCUCGGGGCAGUGACCUGCUCCAAAGGGACUUAGUGAGGCUUUAUGCCAAUCCUUUUGAAGACUUCAUUGAUUUCUGGCCCACCGAACCUGCUGAUUACAGGGAGAAAAUGGGAAGGUACACUAAGGACGUGAGAAAAUUGGGCAUCACAUUGUUUGGAGCCAUCAUGGAAAGCUUGAACUUGGGUCCAACACACCUUCAAGAAAAUUUCGAUAAAGGAAUGCACAUGGUUAUAGCAAACAGUUACUCACCACCAACUCCAGAAUCAAGCAUCAAGCUAGGUGCAGCUCCUCAUUCCGAUCAUGGCAUCAUCAUCAUUCUCCGGCAAAGCUCACCGGGUCUUGAGGUCCUGGACAUGGCUGAUGGCAAAUGGAAAGCUCUUCCUUGCUCAGAAGGGUCCCUUCAAGUCCUUGUUGGAGACCAUCUGGAGCUAUUAAGCAAUGGAAUAUACAAAAGCGUUUUUCACCGGGCAACACUAAGUACCCGCACUACUAGGAUGUCUUUAGCUAGUUUUCAUAAUUUUGAAUUGGAUGAGAUGGUUGAGCCUGCUACUGAACUGACUGGUGAAGAUUGUCCUAAAAGAUACGAAGGAUGCAGCACAAGAGACCUCAUCAAACAUAUCUUUUCUGGAGAAGUUGGACGUCUCAUUGAUAGGCUUAAAAUCUGAAUUACACAAAUGAUCAUAUGGUCUAUCUUGAAUUUAAUUCACUCUCUCAUGCGGCCUUAAAGAUGGAGUCGAGCUACUUGAGCGGAGAAAGGAAGACAGGGCAAGCAACACUAGCCCCUCCAAACGUAUUGCGAGAUGGCUUCUAAAGUGUGGCUGCGAUUUUCUUCUGCUAAAUUGUAUGUCGUGCUAAGUUGUAUGUCGUUGGAUUCUGUCUAAUGUUUAUAGUUGUGUGUAUGCUUUGUUUUUUAUUUACUUUUCAUGACUCCACAUCAAUCUUAAUUUUAAGUGUUAAUAGCACUUUGCACUCCUCAACUAUUUUCAAAUCA